AUGGAGGCCAAGGAGAGGUACCGUGACUGGACUAAAGAGGCCUUGCUAUCACGGAUUGCGGAUCUGGAGGCUCAGGCGACCUCUACACGUGCUGCACAGGCGCGGAUCGACACAGACGCGCAUGUAGCCCGCUCCGGUCCGAGCGCUUCUUCUUCUGCAGAGCCGCAAGGCGAAAACGGCCAAGUAACGACCAAGAAGAAAGGCGCAGGGAAGAAGGAGAAGAAACCCAAGGAGUUCGACUUCGCCAGCUCGCCCUGUCGCAAGAUCGCGCUGCGCUUUUCGUACGAUGGAGCGGGCUACUCGGGUCUAGCUGCGCAAAACGCGACCGAGGCUGGAUCGGGGAGCUCCAUGCCGACGGUCGAAGGGGUGUUGUGGGACGCAAUGUGCACAGCACGCCUCGUGGAUCCGGCAAUAGGCAUGGAUGGUGCCGGCUUCAGCCGCUGCGGACGGACGGAUCGAGGCGUGUCGGCGGCUGGUCAAGUGGUCGCCCUCUGGGUGAGGAGUAAGAAGGUCAAUCAGUGGCAGGAGCGUCUCGAUCAUCAGGAACAGUUCUCCACCGACCCUGCACAGCACACUGCUGAAGAGUGGGAACAGUUGCAAGCGAAACGAAGCGCAAAGCUGGAAGAGGUCGAAUUGCCGUAUGUCCAGAUCCUGAACAGGAUCCUACCUGCGUCGAUACGAAUCCAAGCCUGGUCGCCAGUUCGAAGCAACUUCAGCUCGCGCUUCGACUGCGUCUAUCGCCACUACAAGUACUUCUUCCCCGCCGGCCCGCCAGGCGUCUUCUAUACUCCCUCCUCUGCUAACACCGGUGCCAGCGCGGGCUCCGGCCAGGACGCAGGCGCAACGAGACUCGACAUCAAUCUCAUGCGAGACGCCGCACGCCGCCUGCUCGGUGAGCACGACUUUCGCAACCUAUGCAAGAUCGAUGCGUCCAAACAGAUCACCAACUACCGACGGCGGAUUGACGGGGUUAGCAUCGACCGUGUCUCGUCGCACUGGCCGAGCAGCAGUGUUGCCGUGACAGAUUCGGGCAUGGAAGAGGGGCAGGAGGCCAUGUACGUGCUCAACCUGCGCGGGACGGCAUUCCUCUACCACCAGGUGCGCAACAUCAUGGCGAUCCUCUUCCUCGUCGGGGCGCGGUUAGAGGCGCCGAGCGUGGUCGAGGAGCUGAUGAACACGCAGAAGGGUCAGAUCGCCGCUGAUCGAGUUAAGAUGCGGCUGGCUGCGCAGAAGACGACUCGAUCCACGGCGAGCGAAGGAGACAGGGAUGACAUCAAGUGGUGGCUUCCCGUCAACGCUACCUCUUCCAGCACCGAAUCGACACCCGAAGGUCUGCCGAUGUGGAUGCACACCGCGCUGUCGUCCGACCCGGUGGAGCACGCAGCGGCAGACGAAGGGCUGGAAGUGUACGAGACAAAGCCCAACUACGAGAUGGCCGCGGACCGACCGCUUGUUCUGUGGGAAUGCGGGUUCCUCCCGUCGGACGUAGAAUGGCGAGUGGGGCCUUAUGACGGUGCACUGUCUUCCAUUCCAGCCUCCGACGCAGGGGAGAAUCUCGGCACGGCAAGCGCAAGCCUGCUGCGCAUGCACAAGACGUGGACGCAGCACGCCAUCUCCACCGAGCUGAGUCGGCACUUUGUCCUCGCUGCUCCCUCGCCGCACGUGGGCACGCUGCCCAGUCGGACGGCGUUCGAGGAGGCUAGCUUCCCUUGUCUCCCUUCUGCCACCGCUGCUGAACAUGAGCGGAGUGAGGAGGGAAAGGAUGGAGGAGGAAAGGCAGGAGUCAUCCCGCUCGGCAACGGCACAGGCAGAGGAGCGGCCAAUUAUGUCCCUAUGAAGCACAGGCCAAGGGAAGAGACGUACGAGGUGAAAAAUCGACGGUGGGCAGAGACAACGGGGAAGAGAAGGGCCGAGAGGAAGUCACAGCAGCAGCAGGGAGCAGGCGAGACGAUGCAGGUCGACGACGAAUGA